UAAAUGCCUGUAAUGUAAUGUUUCGGAAUGCAUAAUACGGGUUACACGCUGUUUACUGGCUCACUGGCUGCAGUGACAUGGUCAGGAUCUGACCCUGGACCACGGGGCUCGUCCGUGCACUAGAACAGUGGUUCUUAAACUCGGUCCUGGGGGACCCCUGUGUAUGCUGAUUUUCAUUCCAACCUCAACAGCAAUCCCAGAAUUUUUUAAAAGUCGUUCAUUUUUCUUAAUUAGGUGCUUUUCAUGUUUUAGAGCUGGGGUUCCAGAAAGGGCCAGUGCGGGUGCACACACCUGAUUCUACUAAUCAAUCACUAGAGUCAUUGCUAAGCACCUUCAUUAGUAGAAUCAGGAUCAGGUGUGUGCACCCACUGGCCCUUUCUGGAUAAGACUGUGGACCCCAGCUCUAAAACAUGAGAUUCUCACUAAUUUGAAUGGUUAUAUUGUGUUCAUAUGCUUGACCUGUCAAUCAGUCAUUUACAUAUAAAGGUCUGCUUUCCCUCUGACCACACAAGAAAUGUAAUUACUAACUUUAGUCUAAGACUCAAUACCAGUGCACAUAAUUACCAACCUUGGGUAAAGACCCUAUAUCAUCACAUAUAAUUACUAACCUUAGCUACAGACCCAGUACUAAUGCACAUAAAUAGCAACUUUAGCUAAAGGCCAUAUACCAGAAAAUAUUGCCAACUACCAAUCUGUUGCCAACCAACGGUCAUGAAGCAAAGUGUGUUUGCGUUCCUGCUGCUCUCAGGACUCUGUGCACUGCGGUACGGCCACUCUCAGCAGUAUCACUUUGAGGAAACCCCAAAGCUCUGGACCGAAGCACAAAGCUUCUGCAGAGAGAACUACACCGACCUGGUGACCAUAGACAACCAAACGGACGCACAGGGGAUUCUGAAGCAAGCACGGAGUGGCCAUACGGAUGCCUGGAUAGGACUGCAUAGACGCUGGCGGUGGUCUCUGGCAGACAGAGGUCUCUACCCUGCGAAAAAAAUUUUUUUAAAUUGGGCAGCGGGGCAACCAAACAAUGUAAAAGGAAAUGAGAACUGUGCAACAAUGAGGAAAGAUGGGAGGUUUCUUGAUUGGUCCUGCGACCAGCUCUUCUACUUUAUCUGCUAUAAUGAAAGCUCCGCUGACAAGUACAUCCUGAUUGAAGAGCAUAAGACUUGGGAAGAUGCUCGGUUCUUCUGCCGAAAAAAACAUACAGAUCUGGUUAAUAUAAAGAACCAAACUGAAAACGAGGCUAUAACAGGAAAACUGAAAGGUAGCAAACUGGAUUGGUGGAUUGGUCUGUCCAAAGAUUGGAAGUGGUCAGACCUGAGCGAGUCCUCAUACCGCAACUGGAGCACAGAAAGUGAUGGCGAUGAUUUUAACUGUGCUGCUGUACUGCUCUCCUCGGGAAAAUGGGUGAAACAAGAAUGCGAUGAUAAAAAGCCUUUCUUCUGCUACGAAGAUAACCUCAUCCUGGUGCAAGAAAAUAAGACCUGGGACGAGGCCCUGGAACACUGCAGGAGGUACCAUGACGACCUGGUCUCCUCUGAGACCGUGGAGCACUGGGUGAAGAGGCGGGCUCGGAAUGCCACCACGGCUAGCGUGUGGCUGGGCGUCCGGUACUCCUGUGCCCUGCAGGUCUGGCACUGGGUCAGCGGGGAGGUGUUGUGCUACCCGAGCUGGGCCUCGGAGGACCGGGAGAGCGAGUGCGGGCACAGGGGGGCAAUAGAAUCCGGAGGCGGGCAAAGGCAGGUCAGUCUGCCUAAAACAGAGAGGCUCAACUUCAUCUGCAGCAAGCGUCUAGGAUGACUGCGAUUAGUGUGUAAGUAUAUAAAAAUGCCCUUACAGCAAGAUGAGAGUGUGCACUUCAACCACAUGAGAAUUGUCUGAUUACAAAUAUAAAAUUGUGCUGUACGGGGCCAAAUCAAGAAGAAAAAAAAAGUCUUUGUCCGAAACAUUAUGGAGCUUAUAUAUACACUCUGUACAUCCAUAAUACCAUAGCAACACACACCCUGUACAUACAUAUAUACACUCUAUAUAAUACUAUAGCAACACACACCCUGUACACGCAUAUAUACACUGUAUAUAAUACUACAGCAACACACCCUGUACACACCUAUAUACACUCUGUACAUACAUAAUACCAUGGCAACACACACCCUGUACAUGCAUAUAUACACUCGGUACAUCCAUAAUACCAUAGCAACAUACACCCUGUACAUACAUAUAUACACUCUAUAUAAUACUAUAGCAACACACACCCUGUACACCUAU